AGAGAAAUGGCUGCUGAACCUCCAUCACUUGAGGAACUUCUGGAAAAGAAGAAAAGAGAAGAAGAUGAAUUGGCAAAGCCAAAAUUUCUGUCAAAAGCCGAGCGGGCCGCAUUGGCUCUGAAACGAAGAGAAGAGGAGGUCGCAAAACUGCGUGAAACACAAAAACAAGCUGAAGAAGCUCGAAAAAAUUGGGGACGCACCGAAAAAACAUCAGACGAUAGAAGAGAUCGUGGACUUGACCGAGGCAAUGAUCGUGACAGAGACCGUGAACGGGAACGUGAUCGUGAUCGUCGACGGGAUCGUCGGGAGAGAAGUGGUUCUCGAGAUAGACGACGAAGGAGCAGGAGCCGUGAUCGUGAUGGUGGAAGGCGUCGAGAUAGAAGUAGAAGUAGAGAUAGAAGGGAUCGAAAUGAUGAUCGGAAAAGAGAUAGAAACGAGGAUAGUGAUAAUGAAGAAGAUGUUAGUAAAAUGGCAGAUGCUGUUAAAGACAGAUAUCUUGGAAAACAGAAGGAAAAGAAGAAAAGAGGACGGAGACUUCAUGAGAAAAAGUUUGUUUUUGAUUGGGAUGCUGGAGAGGAUACAUCACAGGAUUAUAACAAAUUAUAUCAAAGUCGACAUGAAAUUCAGUUCUUUGGAAGAGGAUCUGUUGCUGGAACGGAUGUGAAUGCUCAGAAAAAAGAGAAGAACUCGUUCUACCAGGAAAUGAUGGAAAAUCGAAGAACUGUUGAUGAGAAAGAGCAAGAGAUGCAUCGCCUUGAAAAAGAACUGAAAAAAGAAAAGAAAGUGGCUCAUGAUGAUCGUCAUUGGAGAAUGAAAGAACUUUCUGAGAUGUCUGACAGAGAUUGGCGUAUCUUCCGUGAAGAUUUCAAUAUUUCUAUUAAAGGAGGCAGAGUUCCACGACCUCUUCGUAAUUGGGAAGAAGCUGGAUUUCCAGAUGAAGUCUACCAAGCUGUCAAAGAAAUUGGUUAUCUGGAACCUACACCUAUUCAGAGACAAGCCAUCCCAAUUGGUCUUCAGAAUCGUGACGUAAUCGGUGUAGCUGAAACUGGAUCAGGAAAAACUGCAGCUUUCCUUCUACCGCUGCUUGUAUGGAUCACAAGCCUUCCAAAAAUGGAACGACAAGAACAUCGGGACUUGGGUCCAUAUGCUAUUAUUAUGGCUCCAACAAGAGAAUUGGCUCAGCAGAUUGAAGAGGAAACCAACAAGUUCGGAAAGCUUCUCGGUAUCAAGACCGUUUCAGUAAUCGGAGGAGCCAGCAGAGAAGAUCAAGGAAUGAAGCUUCGAAUGGGUGUUGAAGUGGUCAUUGCAACACCAGGUCGUCUUCUCGAUGUUCUGGAAAAUCGAUAUCUUCUCCUGAAUCAGUGUACCUAUGUGAUCCUUGACGAAGCUGAUCGAAUGCUUGACAUGGGAUUUGAACCAGAUGUUCAGAAGGUUCUGGAGUACAUGCCAGAUACAAAUAUGAAGAAAGAUACGGAUGAAUUCGAUAAUGAAGAAGCUUUGAUGAAGGGAUUCUCAACAAGAGAGAAAUAUCGACAAACUGUCAUGUUCACAGCUACAAUGUCUUCAGCUAUCGAAAGACUUGCCAGACAAUAUCUCAGAAGACCAGCAGUUGUACAUAUUGGAUCUGCUGGAAAGCCUACAGAAAGAGUUGAACAGGUAGUCUACAUGGUUCCAGAGGAUCGUAAACGUAAGAAGCUCGUCGAAGUGCUCGAAUCACAAUUCCAACCACCGAUUAUUAUUUUUGUCAAUCAGAAGAAAGGUGCUGAUAUGCUCUCAAAAGGUCUUACCAAACUUGGUUUCAAGCCAACAGUUCUUCACGGAGGAAAAGGUCAAGAUCAAAGAGAAUACGCUCUGCAGGCUCUUAAAGAAGGAACGAGUGAUAUUCUUGUGGCUACUGAUGUUGCUGGAAGAGGUAUCGACGUCAAAGAUGUAUCACUGGUACUCAACUACGAUAUGGCAAAAUCAAUUGAAGACUAUACUCACAGAAUUGGUAGAACUGGUCGAGCUGGUAAACAUGGAAAAGCAAUCACAUUCCUCACACCUGACGAUACUGCCGUCUAUUUCGACUUGAAGCAGGUUCUGGUCGAAUCGCCAGUGUCAUCAUGCCCACCUGAACUUGCGAAUCAUCCGGAUGCACAGAGUAAGCCUGGAGUGUUUACAUCAAAGAAACGACAAGAUGAAACAUUGUUCUUGAAGUGAUAAUUCUCUUUUUUGUUUGGAAAAUCUCAACAUUUAUAUUUAUUUAUUCAAUUUUUAUAUGAUUGUUCUACCAGAUCUGUUAAAUAAAUACUCCUGACCCCAUCAU